AUGCCCCACCGAUUUCCGCAUGUCGCUGUAGGAUACAAUGGAAUAAGACGACCAAACGUUCAUUUCCAACUCCCACUCUUACCACCCGAAAGCUCGUUGAAAAUCAGUGAACGCAUAAGACCAGAGACCUAUUGCACGAAUAAAUCACAACCUAAAAAGCCUAACCAAGAAACCAAUAAUGAGGAUAUUCACAUCAUGUGGGUAAGAGGAUCAAAUGCUCCAGAUUCUACUCCAGAUGACUACGGAGUGAUGAACGCGCAUUCCGCGUAA